AUUUCAAUGAGUUCUAAUAAAACACACUAUCUUGUCUCCAAAUAGGAUUACGGCGUCUUUAGUACAAGCACAAUGCCUGCGGUAUCUACAGAAUUGGCCGAGCUUCAAGCCAAAGUGGCUCAGCUCCAGUCGCAGCUGGUUCAAGCCCGCCAGGCGAUCGCUUUCAAUCCCUCGCAGAGUGAGAAUGACGCGAGGUUGGCGUGGCUAAAAGACGAACACCAUCGUGCCAUGCAGCGGUUUGCGACGCAGAUCAUCACCCUGGGUCACGAUGACAUGAUAUCAGAAGCCGAUAGGAGCAUGGAGAAGCAUCGGAUAUUUCACACCGCGGCUAUGCGUGAGGCCGACGAACGACUGGCCGCUGCACAAGGCGCUAUUGAAGAGCACCGCAAGUUCCAUGCUGCUGCUAUGAAGGAAGCCGAUGAGCGCCUGGCCAUGGCAGAUGACAGCAUGAUUGAACACAGGAAGUUUCACGCCCAAGCCAUGCGUGAAGCCGACGAGCGCUUAGCAGCAGCGCAGGGGGCCAUCGAAGAGCACCGCAAAUUUCAUGCAGCGGCGAUGAAAGAGGCAGAUGAGAGACUUGCGGCUGCUGACGACAGCAUGGUUGAGCAUAGGAAGUUUCAUGUACAAGCCAUGCGCGAAGCUGAUCAGAGGCUGGCGGCGGCCCAGGGCGCCAUCGAGGAACACAGAAAAUUCCAUGCCGCUGCCAUGAAAGAAGCAGACGAACGACUAGCGGCUGCGGAUGAUAGCAUGGUUGAGCAUCGGAAAUUCCAUGUUCAGGCUAUGAAAGAGGCGGACGAGAGACUGGGGAGAGCGGAUGACGCAAUGAUUGAGCAUCGUAAAUUUCACACAGCUGCCAUGAAUGAGGCGGACAAAAGGCUUGCGAAUACUGUACUGGCAUGAUACGUCGUCAGACAGCAAUGUAUAACACAUUUACAUGAAGGUAAUUACUAGAAUGGGAAGAUAAAGACAGGCGUUUGUGAUGAUGGGUAUAAUUGUAAUAUGAAAUGAAUUCUAUCGUGCACAGACUUCAGAUGAUAUCGGCAACCCUUGCCACCAGUGAAGCGUGUUGCCGUUCGGGUGCAC